AGCACUUGUCAGCUGCCUUAUGUUAUUUCUAAUUCCUGGAAUGCUGCAAUGUUAUAUUAUUAACUCUAUUUUUAGGAGAGGAAAUUGUAUCUCAGAAAGGUUCAGUUGGUGACUAAUAUCAUACAGCUAGUAAGAGGCAUGAUUCUAAAUUGGGUUACCUAACUCCGAAGCUGGCUCUCUAGGUGAGCUAGAUCACCUCUCUGUAGUAUAUAAAGUGCUGUGAAAACAUUUUGCAGUCCUUAUUAGGCAUUUGGCAAUAUCGACAAUUGCCUCUUGGAAAUUCUCCUCCCUGGACCAUAAUGACACUCAUUCUUUUAUGUAUAGAACAUGCUAUGUGCCAUGUGUUGGGUUGAGUGAUGGAGACACAAUAGUGAACAAAAUGUUGAUGUAGCUUACAAUCUAGUCAUGGAUAAGACAGGUAUUAACCAACUAGUCCCACUAAAGUAUAUAUACUGACAGUGAGAAAAAUGCUCUGAGAGAAAGGAAUGCAAUUCUCUUUAACCUUGUCUCUCAUGAGUCCUUGCUGGCCCAGGGUUCUUAACCCUGGCUGCCACCAGAAUCACUUGCAGAAUGUUUUAGAAAUAUGGCCAUUGGGAUUCUGACUUGGGCUGGGGUGCAGCCCAGGCAAAUGAAAUGAGUACAAUCAAAGAGCGCCUUGCCUCUGUUACGGAGUUUUUGUUUUUGCUUUUUAAAAACUAGUCAGAGGAACAUGAUCAGAUUUGCAAUUUGAAAAGAUCACUCUGAUUAUAAAGUAGAUGACAGACUAAGAAGGACCAAGUGAAUGUGGGGAAGCCAGUCGGUGAAUUACUGUGCAGUGUGACAGGAUAGUUGCUGAGACGAAGAUGGUGGCAGAGGUCAGAAAGGAUAGAUUCUGGAGUUAGGAAAUAAAAUCAACAGGACUAACUUUGCAUUAGAUAAAGGGAGGAACUUAAAAAAAAAGGACCACUUAGGGAUGCUUCUAUAUUUUUGGCUGUGCAGCCAGGUGGAUGUUCCUACUUCUUGAGAGGGAACCACUGGAGGAGGAGCAGUUUUAGGGUAUGAGGAACCAUGAGUUAAUUAUGGAUGUGCUGAAUUUGAGGUCCUUUUGAGAAAUUCAAAAGGAAUUAUGGUAGGAGUAAGGAACCAUGGGUAAAUAGGUCUGGAGCUCAGAUGGGAUGUCUAGACUAGAUGGAUGAUAACCCAAGGAGAGGAUGAGUUUGCCCAGGAGGAAAUUAGAGAGUGAAAAAGGGGAGGACUUAGGGCUAACCUCAUGGGCUGACGUAGAGAAGGGUAGGCCUCUGAAAGAGAUGGGAAAGGAGCAGAGAUGAUGCUUUAUGAUUAAAAACAUCUCUCAGUGACAUACCCAUAGAGGCAAGUUGGUAAGACACAAUAUUUUUAAUAAAAUAGAAUAAUACCACAAACAUUGAAAUGAAAAGGUGACAUAACAUGGACUAAUGGUCACUAAAUGAAGAACACACAUCAGUGCGAUACAGCUCUUGGUAAAUGCUACAUACACAUCCAUGCCCAGAAAUUUCUUAAAUGAUGAUUGUCACAUUACAAGAACUAGAGAAAUGUAUUUUUCUUAUACUAAAAAAUUAAGAAGAAAAGUAUCCCCAAGUUUCUCCGUAUUUAGAUGUGUGUGAAGCAUUUGGUAAUGUCUGGCAAAGCAGAGUUUAGAAAAUGCUCUUUGUAGGCAUCUUAGACCUAACUUUUUUAAUGAAUAGCUCAGCAAAUGACACUGCCAUCCUCCAGUCACCAGGGCCACCUUCUUGACUCCUCUCUGUUCGAAAUCCUUAUUGAGCAUGUUCCUAAUCUCCCAUCUUUAUAUCUUUUGGCUCCCAUGGCUCAGGUCCUCAUUGUCUCUUACCAGAAUGGUUGAAAAAAUCCCCUUCCCAUCUUCUUUACAUCACUCUGUGGGUGGACUGACAGAGUCUCCAGCCUUCCCUGUGGCCAUGAAGAUCAAAUGCAGAGUCUGUGGCACAACCCCUCAAGCCCUUGGUGGCCUGGCAGUUCCUCUAUAGGUGCCUCCUAUCUUUCUGUUCUUUAACUGUGCCCCAGGCUAGUGCAGGGUUCUUCACCAGGCUGCACAUCACAAGCACUUGUGGCACUUAUUGAAGCCCCACCAUGCUUAAACAUCUUUAUUUGAAUUGUGACUCUAGCAAUUAUUAAUUCUGUGGCCUUGCAUAGCCUCUCUGAGCCUAAAGAUGCUCCAUGGCUGAUCCUGAGCCAUAGUCAGAGGUGAAAACCACUAGUCUGGUCUUGCCGGACUACCUUCAGUUUCCUCAGUGGGCCACACCCUCUCAUACUCUCCAUUUUCUUUGCCUGGGUGACCUUCCUCUACAUCUUCACCUGGCUGGCUCAUAUCAGACUGCUGAGAUGUCUCCUCCAGGCAGCUCUCCCUGGCUCUUCCUGCCCGUCUCCCUGGUCUUGGUCAGUCAUCUUUCCCUUGUGCUACCUUGUCUGCUUGCCUCCAUCCUUGGAUUUAUCACACUAUUUAUGCUUUCUGACUCUACACUAAGAGUCCCUGGGGACAGACCUUUUAAUCCUAAGACUCCUGCCUAGCACACAGGAAAAUGCUCAAGUAUUUGUUUUUAUUCUUUUUUUUUUUUUUCUGUCCAGUGAUACUUCCAAAGACUCAACUAUUUGUUGAAAGAAAGGAUGAAGGAAUCCAUUUCUCUUUUCUUUGUGCUGUUUCAGGACCUUGUGACUUAAAGUCAAGAAUAAUUUAUCCUGUGUACAUUCACCCUGGCCAUUCUUCUUGACCCCUUCCUAACAUUUUCACCAUCAUUCCUAAUUUAUAGUAUCAACUAAGAUUCCUGGGCAUUAAUGCAUUCUGUAAUCAAAAGAGCAAGGUCUUCAGAGUUGGGCAAUCCUGGGUUCAUGUCUUGAUUUUGCUAUUUACCAUUUUGGAGCCUUGGGCAAAUUACUUAAUUUUCAAGAACCUCAGUUUCCUCAUCUGUAAAAUGGAUAUGAUAAUACUUAUCUCACAGUGUUAUUGUCAAGCCCCAAUAAAAUAGUAUUUGUGAAGUGCCUGGCCUAUAGUAGAUGUUUAUUAAGUAUGAUUUCCCUUCCUUUGGGAGGUCCCAUGUGUAAUAGAAAAAGCUAAAGACUUUCGUUGCAGAGCCCAGUUCUACUGCUCACUGGCUGUGUGUUGUUGGUCAUCUUAUGAUUCUCAGAAACCUCCUUUGGAAAAUGGGCAUAAUUUUAUCAUUGUCCUUAUUGAGUUGUUAGAAAAAUUAUAUCAAAUUUAUAUAAGUGUCCGGCUAAUACUCAACAAAAUGUUAGUUAUUAUUCUAGACAAAAUAAUGUACUACAGUAUUUUUCCUGCUUGCCAUGAUCUAUGAGCACUAUUAUCCAUGAUGUUGUCCCUAACAUUAUUAUUAAAGGUCAAAUUGAUUUUGGCUACACUGAAAAUUUGUAUUUCACAUCCUGAAAAAAAUCCUGCAUCAUUUAUAUAUGUAUCAUUUAUAUGGAAGCUCCCUUUUAGUCAAUUGUCUUUACAAACUGGCCUUUAAAAACCUGUGUUUAUAUUCCAAGCACAUGUUUCCCCUGUGUAACACGAGCAUUGUUCACCUCAGGAGCUCCCUGAAGAGUUGGAAUUUAGAGGGAAUCUCUCAGACACAAAGCUCUCCCCUGCCUCAGCUGGGCAGCCUUUUCAGACUGUUUCUGCCCAGAAUGUCAGGAGAGGCCACAGCUUUGACCUACCAUGCUCCGAAAGAACAAGAAGGACUUAUAAUUGUGAAGGUUGAAGAAGAGAAUUAUGUUUGGGGGCAGGACUUUGGCCUUCAGGGAAACCCCUGGAACCAGGAGGUAUGCCGUCAGCGGUUCAGGCAAUUUGGUUACUCUGACUCCACUGGGCCCCGGGAGGCUCUGAGCCGACUCUGGGAGCUAUGUUGUCAGUGGCUGCGGCCAGAAGUGCACUCCAAGGAGCAGAUCCUGGAGCUGCUGGUGCUGGAGCAGUUCCUGGCCAUCCUGCCUGAGGAGUUGCAGGCCUGGGUGCGAGAGCAUCGGCCAGAGAAUGGAGAGGAAGCCGUGACUAUGCUGGAGGAGCUGGAGAAGGAACUUGAUGAGCCAAGGCAACAGGACACAGCUCAUGGCCAAGAAAUGAUCUGGAAGGAAAUGACAUCCAUGGGAGCCCUGAAGUCUCUGAGUAGCCUGCUGCAGCCCUUGGAGAACCAGUGCAAGAGUGAGGCUCAGGAGCCCCAGGCUUUCAAGGAGAGAGAUGACAAGAUGGUGGCUGACAAUGUGUUGACAGCAAAGCAAGAAAUUAUUGAAUGUGCAGCCUCAGCAGCUGUGAUAUCCUCAGGAAGACUUCCUGGGGAAAUGCCUUCAGAACAGAUAGUUGAAGAAGCUUUGGGAGGUCUAGGCAACUCUGAGAAGCAAGAGGGAAAUGCUGCAAGGAACAAAAUGAGUCUUCUUCCUUCCCAGGAAAGACAUUUCAGUCUGGCAACCUUCAACAAGAAAAUCCCCACGGAAAAAAGUGUCCUUGAAUGUAAUGGAAGUGAAGGAAGUCUCGGUGUGAAAUCAAACAAUAUUAAACAACAGAGAGUUUACACUGGGGAAAGGCUCUAUGAGUGCUUUGACUGUGGAAAGGCCUUUUGCCAGAGCUCAAAGCUGAUUAGACAUCAAAGAAUUCAUACUGGAGAGAGACCUUAUGCAUGUAAAGAAUGUGGCAAAGCCUUCAGUUUGAGCUCAGACCUUGUUAGACAUCAGAGAAUUCAUAGUGGUGAAAAGCCCUAUGAAUGUUGUGAAUGUGGAAAAGCCUUCAGGGGCAGCUCAGAGCUUAUCAGGCAUCGGAGAAUCCAUACUGGAGAGAAGCCUUAUGAAUGUGGUGAAUGUGGGAAAGCCUUCAGCCGGAGCUCAGCCCUUAUUCAGCAUAUGAAAAUUCACACUGGAGAUAAAAGCUAUGAAUGUAUUGAGUGUGGUAAGGCUUUUGGUAGGAGCUCUAUCCUUAUUGAACAUCAAAGAAUUCACACUGGAGAGAAACCUUAUGAAUGUAGUGAAUGUGGAAAAUCCUUCAAUCAGAGCUCAGCUCUCACUCAGCACCAGAGAAUUCACACUGGGGAGAAACCUUAUGAAUGCAGUGAAUGUAGGAAAACAUUUAGGCAUAGGUCAGGCCUUAUGCAGCAUCAGCGAACACACACCAGGGUUUAACUGUAGUAAAGAGCCAUCAAUUUUGAAAUGCAAGGAAUUCACUGUGGGGGUGAGACUGCACAGAUAGAAAUUUUCUGAGAGCAUGGUUUCUGUCUUUCCAACCCAGUUCAGUACUGUAAGAAGAGAUCCACACAAAGAUAUUUGUUAUGAUUAUUAAAUUGUUGAAUGGAAGAACAAUUUCUCCAAAAAUAAUGGUAGAUACUUCCUAGAAGUCUUCUCCAAAGUUCUUCUCCAAAAAAUAUGGUAGAUACUUCCUAGAAAUGCCUAACACAUUUCUGGAUGAGGAUGCUCAGGUCUUCUCCAAAAAUAAUGGUAGAUACUUCCUAGAAAUGCCUAACACAUUUCUGGAUGAGGAUGCGCAUCAGUUCCCCCUUCACUCCACUCUCUACCAGCCCAGACAUAACUGCCAUUGGGUACCUUCACAGUAAGUCCAGGAUUGGUCUGAAAGAGCUUUCUAUAAGAUGGCAAGGACCAUUGCCCAGCAAGAGAAUUUGUGCAUUUGGCAAGUGGGGGCACAUGUUGAGUUAUUCAGCUGUCUGUAAUGUUGAAUUGAGAAGUUGUGAAAUGAGUUACAAUAUUAGUUUAAUAGUAUUGGAGGCAGUUUAAUAUUAAUAGUAUCUGAGGAAUGGUGGUUCAUUCUGCACCUGAACUAAUUCUCUUCUUAGCCCUGAGCUGCUUGCUGAGGUCAAAUCAGGUUUACAAAUUUAUUGAGUACCUGCUAUGUGAUAGCCAUUGGAGCAGAUAUUGCCCUCCUUGAGUUAAGGUGUACAUAUUUACUAAACAGGUAAUUACAGUGAAGUGUGAUAAGUGCUUUGGUAGGAAAAUACAAGGUUCUGUCUAAGUACAUGGCAGGGCCACCUAACUUGGUCUGUGAGUCACCGAAGACCACCUGGAUGACAUCUCAGUUGAGACCUAAAAGGUGGGUAGAAGUUACCCAGGUCAACAGCAGGGGAGAAGAGAAGAACUUUACAGGCAGCGGUUAUAGCACAUAUUAAUACAAUGGCAUGAAGAUAAGAAAGGAUUUGGAGAUACAACUUCAUCAGGACUCUUCUCUUCAGCAGGCAUUAGUUAUUACAGGCUCUGACUCAGAGCCAUGACAUGUUGAUUUGUCUUCUUAUUUAUAAUUACUGAGCUGGGGAGCCUAUUCCAGACCCAGAGUGACCUAUGAGACCUUGAACUACUUGGAGUUAGUGUGGUAGAUGACUCUGAUGCAUCUUAUGGAAGCAGGCAUGUAUGUACACCAAGGAAAGAAUAAAACUGGGAGGCCACAGGGACAGUGGGAACUGGGGUGAUUGUGUCUCAUACCUGGGACUCAGGAAAUGGGAGGCAUGCAGGAACAUAGUGAUGGGAAGACUAUCUUUCCAGGCUCCACUGUUCCUCAUUCCCUGACAUUCUCCACCACGCUUGCAGACCCUAAGCUACUUGAGGACAAUUCAUAUUUGUUGAGUUACCCCCUCAGAUUCCUGAAAACCAUUCUUAUCUGCUAAUUUUUAUUUUGGAAGUUUUAAUUAACUCACAUUUGCUAAGCGCAAUUAAUACCUAAGAGAAAGCUUGAUUCCUCUCCUUAGAUGUCCUUCCAGACAGUGUCAUUUCUGAAGAAGACUUGGUGAUCAUAGCUGUUGUGGGUAAUAGGGGAGGUAAGUUUACCCUCUUUGUGUCCAAAGAUUGUGCAGUUAUCAUUAGCGAGGUCAAUCACAAAUCUGAAGGGAACCUGCAAAUGGAUAGUGAGUUGAGUUUUCCUAUAGGUGACAAUCAAAUAAUUUAAUGUUUUAAAUAUCUUUUAAUGGAUUUUUUCCUGAUUAUGAAUUGAUUAUAAAUGUUCAUAAUAUACAAGAUGAGAAAGUAUAAAUCACCCACAAUCCCAUUCCCCAUAGAGACAUUGUUAACAUUUUGGAGUACUUUCUAUUAGUGUUUUUUCUCCCAGCUCUAAUAUUUUUGGGAAAAAUCUUGUUUAGUAAAUAAUUUUUGGUAACUAAUUUUUACAUUUUUAAUUAAACUGUUUAAUAUUAGAAUGUAAUGCAAGAUGUAUCAAAAUAAAAUUUGAAUUUUAAAGGUUUGCAUUGAAAGUAUUCAUUUAGGAGUACGGAGCACAAUAAUGAGUGGAGAUAAUGCUUGGAGGACAGGGAAGGGGCUGUGGGAAGAAGUCAGGGGAUUGGUGUACUCAGUUAUAUCCCUUGAACCAAAAAGUGGGAAACUGUGGCAGCCAGUCUUCAGGGCUGCAGUUCAUCAGGCAAAGUCACAAAAUUGAGGGGGCAUCUGGGAUUGAGUUGUUGAAAAGCUCAACAUGGAAAUGAGAGCAAGAAGGAGCCUCUUUAAACACAUAGGCAUCCUAUGUCCACCAGACUUAGGACUCUUCCUUCCCUUAGGCCGGCGGUGGGGGGUGUUGUAUGCACCAAAUUGGAAUCCUCACCAUUAACUGCAGAGAAGUACCAGCUUAGGCCUGUGGACUGGGCAAGGGCCUGCCAUGACCUUCCCUUUCUCCCCCAGCAGUUCCUCGAUAGAAAUGUGAGCUUGGAGAGACCAUGGUCAGAUUUGCUUUAAAUUUUCAAUCCUUUCACAGCAAGACAGUGUUAGUUGAAAGCUAUGGAAACGAGGCAGAGAGAAGCAGGAAACUAAUAUUACACACUUUGCCUAAAUUGCACAUUAUCUUUUUAAAUCCAUGUAAGAUCCAUUUAAGGUAGACACUGUUACCCCUGGAUUGCCUCUAUACCAAGAGAAACAAGACAGUCCUGACCAGAAAGUAAACACAUGAAUUCUCUUCCAAGCAAGACUGGUGAAGGAAAAAACAAUUUCCCUUGACAUCCACCUUGUUUUGGUGCCUCCCUCCAUUUUGUAAAAAUAGAAUGUUGAAGCUUUGAUCAUAAGUGAUCAUCUACUUCAGCUCCUUUAAAGUGAGGGUCUAGAACUGAGGUGACUUGUUCAUGUCUGCAGAAUUCAUGGAAAAACUGUCAAAGGUUUUCACCUUCAAGGCUAUAGCUUUUAUCAACUGUAAAUUCCUUCUGGCAGUGGGAUAUAUAAUUUGUAGACUUUUUGUACACUAUGUGUAAGAUGGCUGAGUCUGCUAUUGUUAUUUUACCACUGAUGAAAAGCGAGGAUCAAAGUUAGUAAGUUAGCCAACAUCCUGACACGUGGAAGGGACUGAGAUGCUAUGGGAAGCAAGUGCUUUUCAUAGUAUUUUCUCAACUGUUCUGGGCUUCCAUUCACUCUUCCCCCCUAAUUUUAAGAGUAUUAGAUAUUUAUUGUAGAAAAGUUUGGAAAAUACAGAAAAACACAAGAAAAGGUUAUUCAUAAAUCACUUGUAACCUCAGCAUCCAGACAUAACCAGUAUAGCACCUUGAAUUAUAUAUUUCCAUUAUUUUUAAUGAAUAAAUAUAUAUUUUACAUGGGAUCACAUUGUACAUAUUUAGUAUUUUUACUUAACAAUAUAUCAUGAAUGCUUAAUUUCUUUCAACAUUAACCAUCAGUUUGAACAGCUUUUAAGAUUUUGUGUACAUUCACGAUGGUUUCUUCAGAAGCAUACAUUUCCAGGUAAAAUUUCGGUCAAAAGGCAAUGCUUAAGGCUUCUGGUAUUGAUUGCCAGAUACAGUAUGUACUCACAUCUUACCAGCAGCAUUAGAGUCCCAGUUUCCCC